AUGCCCGCCGCCGGCUCCGAGCUGCCGCGCCCGAUGUCGCCGCCCGCCGCGCAGGAGCAGGGCGCCGAGUCGCGGCCGCCGCCGCCGCACGGGGAGCUGCAGUACUUGGGGCAGAUCGAGCACAUUCUCCGCUGCGGCUUUCGGAAGGAUGACCGCACAGGCACCGGCACCCUGUCGGUGUUCGGCAUGCAGGCGCGCUACAGCCUGAGAGAUGAAUUUCCUCUGCUGACAACCAAACGUGUUUUCUGGAAGGGUGUUUUGGAGGAGUUGCUGUGGUUUAUCAAGGGAUCCACAAACGCUAAGGAGCUGUCUUCCAAGGGAGUGAAAAUCUGGGAUGCUAAUGGGUCCCGAGACUUCUUGGACAGCCUGGGAUUCUCCACCAGAGCAGAAGGGGAUUUAGGCCCAGUUUAUGGCUUUCAGUGGAGGCAUUUUGGGGCCGAAUACAAAGAGAUGGAUUCAGAUUAUUCAGAUAAAGGAGUAGAUCAACUGCAAAAAGUGAUUGACACAAUCAAAACCAACCCUGACGACAGAAGAAUCAUCCUGUGUGCUUGGAAUCCAAAAGAUGUCCCUCUCAUGGCCCUACCCCCGUGCCAUGCCCUUUGCCAGUUCUACGUGGUGAACGGUGAGCUGUCCUGCCAGCUGUACCAGAGGUCAGGAGACAUGGGCCUGGGUGUGCCCUUUAACAUCGCCAGCUACGCCCUGCUCACCUACAUGAUCGCACACAUCACGGGCCUGAAGCCAGGUGACUUUGUACACACUUUGGGAGAUGCACACAUUUACCUGAAUCACAUUGAGCCGCUGAAAAUUCAGCUUCAGCGAGAACCAAGGCCUUUCCCCAAGCUCAAAAUACUUCGAAAAGUUGAGAAAAUUGAUGACUUCAAGGCUGAAGACUUUCAGAUUGAAGGCUACAAUCCUCACCCGACCAUUAAAAUGGAAAUGGCUGUUUAGAGUGCUUUUGAAGGAGUUGUUUGAAGGAUAUUUACAGGUGAAAGUUCAUUUUGCUCUAAAGGAGAAGGAACUAGGUCAAAACCUGUUGGUGAUCUAUCAGUUAUUAUUCAUUAACUUUUAAGGAUGUUGCCACUGGCAAAUAGAACUGUGCUGGUUCUCUUAGUAAUAAAAGACCUGGAGUUAGGGUAACUCACUGAGGAUGUAUGUAAAUGUAGAGAUUGUGAAUACAGACAGGAAGGAGAAAAUAUAUAUACUCUUAAUUCAAACUUUAUGUUUUUAUGAAAAUGGUCAGUGAAUUUCAAGAAUUAUGUAUAACUAUUGCCCAAAUUGGAGCAAGCUGGAUAACACCAUCAGUCAUAAUGCCUAGUGUGGUUAUGAACAUAUUUGUUUUAUAUCUUGCUGUAAUGUUCUGCAUUCAUGUUUUGUUUUGUUUUUUAAUUCCAUGUUGCCAUUUAUCUGCUCAGUUCCUGCCUAAAACAGAUUUAACUGAACCCUCCUAAACAAACAUACCUGUGCUGUGUUCUCUUUUGGAUGCUGCUUAGAUGGGUAAGGUAUAUUUUAGAAAUGCUGACUAAGCUGUAUUUCACCCUAUUUUUCUAUGAUUCAUCUAAUUCUAGCUGCAUUUUAUCAUUAAAAUACAAUGAUUAUUUGGGAUAAAGGCUUUAAGGGUUAUAAAAAUAGUCUAUGAAAUAUCCCUUUACCCUCAUUAGCUUCAGCAUGGUGAAUUCUCUAAUAACAGUGCUUAGACUGAGCAAGAGAAAGAUGCUAAACCACCUCAGGGCUGAUCAGUGAAUGUUUUUACCUUUGCUACAUAUCAGAUAUCUCAUAGUGCUGCACGACUGUUUUAUUAUGCUAAUUUAUGACAAGUGUGUUUUUUAAAAAGAUUAAGGAAUUAUUCCAACAUGCUGCUUAUUUUCAAAGUUUAAUGUCUAGGUACCAGCACUUGAUAGAAAUUUUAACAUCUUCCUGGACUUUGAGACAGUUGGAUCUACUUUUGUUUAAAGAUUACAUAGGAGAAUGUUUUUUGCUGAAAGAAUCAAGUAAUGAUGACUAAGCUGAUG